AACAAAUAAACAAUUUUACUUACAAAUAAAAGUGCCAAUUCCGAAAAACUACAAAGUUUAAUUACUUAUGUACCCUCAUUGGGGUACACAUUUAAAACAUCGCCUCACAAAUUUAGAGACAAAAAGCUAACACAAUAAUCAUGAGUUUUGUGGACCUUGCCACUUUGGCAAUGCAUCGACGGCAAGAAAUGGAGGCUCGCCUCAACGUGUUCUUGGGAAAAUGCGAUCGUGCUGUAAUGGACAUAAAAAAAUUACAACACCAAGCCAAAGGUUUCGUUGAGCAGUUGAACUGUGAGCCUUCAGAGUUAAGAGACAAGUUCCUGAGCUGUAUGAAGCAACUUGAUGAAUAUACCUACCUCAUAACAGACUUCAACCUUGCAUUGGAUAACCUUGAUCGUCCAGUCAAUAAAAGUACAUAUUACAUGCCCGUCCAUGACAAUCCUGGACGAAUUUUGAAGCCCCUUCCGCCAACUGCUUUGAAUUUGAUUGAUGCACUGAGCGAACCAACACCAUCUACAUCAAAGGCUUGUGCCAACCACUGUCCUUCGGAGAAAAUUAAAAAGAAGAAGAUACCCAAGGAAGACCAGAUUUUGAUUGCAUUCUCCAGUACAUCAUGCUCAUCAGAAAGUGUGCCAUCUUCAAAGAUGGAAAAAGGAGUUCAGUGCAAUUUGAAGAAUGAAGUUGAAAAAUUGAGUUUAACUGACUCUCAACCAUCAGCUCCAACAAUGGAAGAACGUAAUUUGCCAGCUCAAAAGAUCUUGCAACUUGACUUCAUGUACCAGGCAACAAUCACACACGUCGAUGGACUUUCCUUUUGGAUCAUAACUGAAGACUUUCAGGAUGCACACAACUUGAUGCGCGAUAUGAACGAAUACUACAGGGAGAACACACAAGAUCUCAGUUUGGACGAGAUGAUGUCCCUAACGUACUGCGCGUUUUACGAGGUGGACAGCGACUGCUUUUACAGAGCGUUCUUCAUCAGACUCACCGAGGAGGACAUGAGCAUUGCAGAGGUGUUCCUAGUUGAUAUCGGUGAAACUUGUUGCGCGCCCACGACCACAAUACAACCGUUGGAUCUGAGGUUCUGCACGAAUCCGCCCUUUGCCCGAUGCUGCCAUCUCGCUGGGGUAGAGCUACUGGGGCAACCGACAGCUGCGCAAGAAUACCUAAAAGACUUCGUUAACAAGCCAUGCAAAAUAAAAAUAGACGACAAUUCAUCGGAAUCUCUUGGCGCUUACAUAUUUUACCCGUCAGGGGAAUCCUUAAGCGAUUUGUUGGUGCAACGCGGAUUGGCGCGUAGAAUAGAUAAAACAACAUCAGCGACGGAAACAUCAUCAUCGGCUGCGAAAGGUAUACCAGAACUGGACGAGUGCAACUUCAGAAUAGACGACUGUCCCGAGUACGACGACCCACUUCUUGCUGUUACGGGCUAUCACAAUCGGGACGAAAUGGACAUCUGCAAACAUUACAAGGGUGGUCCGGAGAAAACCUGCUUCAAAGGCAGGCGCUGCACCAAAAGACACGUUUUGAUCAAUCCAGAUGGAUGGACGUUAGACCGUGUGCCAGUGGUGGCCAAGUGCAAUCCCCUACCCCUUCCCGCGCCCGAUACGUACCUCCGCGUGUACGUCACGCACGUGGCACACUUCAACCGCUUCUUCGUGCAGCUUAAAGAGAAUAUUACGAAAAACGAACCUGUUCCUGAUUUUGGGGUCGUUUUACCUCCAACCUCAUUGAACAGCCUGGUGCUCGAUAUGAACAGCCCGGCCACUAGAAUGGCCUACAAACCUCUAAAGUUGGUGCCAGCGCCCGGUGAACUCGUAGCCGCCCUUUACCCACCAGACGAGCAGUGGUACCGCGCCAGAGUUAUUUCCUCCACGAGGGCAGACCAGAACGUUGAGGUCAUGUACAUAGACUACGGCAACGUGGUGUGGGUAAAGGAGAACGAAGUGCGAGAGCUCGAGUCGCGCUUCUGGCCGCUGCCGGCGCAGGCGGUGAGGUGUGCACUCGCCGGCGUCUCGGCGCUGACUGGAGACUCGCGCCAGUGGGCGGCGGCGAAAGAUGCGCUCAACAAGAUGAUACACGAACGGGUGUUGCAGGCGCAUGUCAUCGCACGCGACUACGACGAAAUAACAGUGGAACUGUUCGAUGAGCACGGUUUCAGCAUAGCUGAGCAACUGGCCGCAGGACUGUUCGUCAAUCUGGAGGAGUACGAGAUAUCGUACGAUACCAAUGAUACGCAAAAAGUGAUCGUCCCUUAGUUAUAUAAACAUUGCAAGCACAGGCAUAUAAGCAACACAUCGUUACAUAUCACGAGAUACCACCCCACCCCACGCCAUGCGACGCCACCCAAUCCAUGUGACGUCAUUCGAUCUAUUUGACGCCACCCAAACUGUGUCGCCACUCAAUCUAUGCGACGCCACUAAAUCCAUGCGACGCCAUUCAACCCAUGUAAUGCCACUCAAUCCAUGCGAUGCCAUUCAAACCUAAUCUUCUUACCAGCACCCAAUAAACGCGUCACGUGAUGUCAGGUGUUUUCCGUGGUGUGUGGGUGGGUCGUGUUGUCUGUUUUUUUUUUAGUACGUAAUCUAGUGUAUUGUAAGCGUUAUAAACGUUGUAUAGCUGUUACAUGAUUACGCAAUGUUUUGCCUCUCAAAUGUAUAUAAUGUAUAUGUAUGCCAAUACAUUUGACUUGCAUUCGACAGAGUAAGUGUAUAGAAAACCACAGUUCCAUUUUCAUCCGCAUUAUGGCGAGGUUUCAUAUUUUCCUGGUCAGGUUUUUAUAGAAACGUUACCUGUGAUUUAAGAGUACUUUAAAGUAUUACUUCAUUAAAUACAGAAUGAGACUGGAUCAUUAUUCACACACACGCUCUUGAAAAUGUUACGAAGAACUCUUAAGUCGUGAAGGUGUCUUCACGAUAUUUUCGACCACCGUUCAUGUUAUUGAUAAUUAAAAUGCACAAAAUUAAAAACGCACAUAACUGACAAAGUUAGACGUGAGUGCCGGGGAUCGAAUGGGUUACUCCCCCCAAAGGGAUGAAGCCCUGACCGCAUUGAUACCACCGCUUCUAAGACUGGCUUUGUGCACUAAAACCCUCCUAGUCGUGGGAUUAUGGAGUACAGGGUAUUGGAGAAGUAAGUUAUCGGAAUAAAGCCAGAAAUGUUUGAUGACUUCUGUGGCGCAGUGGCGAGAGCUGUGGAUUUAAGGGAGGUCCCGGGUUCAAUCCCCGGUAGGGUAAAAUUUUGGAAUAUAUAAUUUCUGAAUUUCUCUUUUCUGGUCUGGUGGGAAGCUUCUACCGUGGCUAGUAACCAACGUACCGAUAAAGACGUGCAAUUUAGCAUUGCGGUACGAUGUCGUGUGGAAACCGAUUAGGCGCAUGGGUACCCCUAACAGAGUAGCCUGUUACCAUCUGAGACUACAUUAUCACUCACCAGUAGGUGAGACUGCAGUCGAGGGGUAACUUUCAGUGAAAUAAAAAAAAUAUUUUCUGACAUAAACUGAUGUAGUUGCAAAUGAACUAUGAACGUUUAGUUUUUACGUUAAUUGGUUAGUUAGUCAAAAUUAUCUUUAAUCUGUAUUAUUGUUAUAAAGUAGAGAAAGCAUAAAAUGUUUCUCCUUUCUAAUAAUAUAAAUGAGAAAGUUUGUGUUGUUUGUUUGCCGGCAACAACUAGUAGUUUCUGACAGUUAACAGUUAUAGCCAAAGAGGAUAUAAACACUGCGUUGGAUGGGCAUGAAUAUUUAAUAUUAUUAAAGUCAUAAAUAUUUGAGAAAUGUAUCUUUUCGGACAGAUUGACAACUUAUAUUUAAUAGAAUUGGUUGUGUACUCCGAAGUUUCGUAUGAAGUAGGUUACAAACUGUCAGAAAAGUUCAACCGAAAGAUCAAUCAAUAAGAAUGUUUAUUCACAUACGCCUUGUACAUACGAGCUACUUGAUGGUUGUUAUAUUUUUUAGGUAUCUAAUACCUAUUAGAAUUUCACUAAGCUUAUUUGUUUAAUGCACCUAUUAAUAGUCAUUACACAGCACAAUACUCAAUUUGACUACUUCCUUUUUCAUGGGUCGAUAAUAUGGUCAAUAUUAUGGAGGGUAGAGGUAAGGAGAGUCAUCUGUGUAUAUGAAAAAGUGUCGUCAAAAUGUAUUAAAUUAGGAUGGCGCCACAUUUGCAUCAGGGUAACUCUUAAAAGA